AAUUCAGUCUGCCUUAUUUCCCAUUUACAUUAUCUCGGAUGUAAAAGUUAAAUCACAUUACACAGAAGUAUUCUCAAAGAAAGGUGACAUCAGUAAUUGCAAGAUUCAUUAAUCAAAUGUGUUUUCAAGUGGUAACUGAUUUGUGCAAUUAGUGAAUAUUAUGGAAGAGGAGAAUAUAUACCAGGAGCUUCAGGCUAUUACUGAAGACACUUACUCUGAAAUCAAUCAAAAACAAACCGAGAAACCCAGAGCACAACCAGGAGGUGCACCAAGACAGGAAGAUGGAAGAAAGAAAUGUAAAAAACGAAUGGUGUUAGCCCUAUCCAUUAUCACAAUAACCAUUCUGCUGGUGAUAAUUAUACCCACUGUGGUUUGGAGGAAAUCAAAAUUACCAGGGACAUCAGAAAUACCACCUGCAGAUGAUGGGACAUCAGGAUUACCAAAUGAAACACCAACUCCAGAUGGAAAGUGGUCUGAGUGCUGCCCAGAAGACUGGAUGAUAUUUGAUCAUAACUGUUACUACUUUUCCUCAAUGUAUUAUAACUGGUCUGAGGCUCAGAAACAGUGCGAAAAAAAUCAGUCUAAUUUAGUGAUGAUCAAAAGUGCUGAGCAACAGACACCUUAUUCAGUACUGGCACUCUGUGGUACUCCUAGAGUGACACAGCUCCUUACUGAGUACCAGCACCUCUGUGGUACUGCUAGAGUGACACAGCACUUUAUUGAAUAUCAGCACCCCAGUGAUACUCCUAGUGUGACACAGCACCCUAUUCAGUACCAGCAGCUCUGUAGUACCUCUAGUGUGACACAUCACCUUUUUCAGUACCAGCACCUCUGUGGUACUACUAGCAUGACAUGGGAGCUUAUUCAGUACCAGCACCUCUGUGACACUCCUAGAGUGACACAGCAUUUUAUUCAGUACCAGCACCAAGGUGGCACUCCUAGAGUGGGACAGCACCAUAUUCAGUACCAGCACCACUGUUGCACUCCUAGAGUGACACAGCACCUUAUUCAAUACCAGUACCUGUGA